ACCUGUUGCGCUCCAAUCGCCAAGCUGCCAAUCCAGAAAGCGAAUUCCCAAGGACCGCAUGCAUCAGUGCGCCGAUGGAUUUUAAAGCAUUUGGAGACGAGUCCUCUGAGGGAGACACGGAGGACCUGGACAGCGUGAAAGCACUUACAGAGAAGCUGAAAUUACAGACUCGCAGACCCUCGUAUCUGGAGUGGCAGGAGCGGGUACAGAACCGACCGUGGACGGACAGUUACGAAGCACACAGUCCGGACUCUGGAGUACAAGUCGUUUCCCUUCCUGCAACUCAGAGGAGCGAGAGCUCAGAAGUGGUUGUGCGCAACAUCUGUGGCUUUGAAACUAUUGAUGAUGCUUUGGAGUUUCUGAGAAAAGAGCUGAGGGAAAUGCAGGUCCAGGACAACCGUCUGGCCCGUCAGUUGAUCCGCCUGCGUGGGGAGAUCCACAGGCUUAAAGUGGAGCAGGUUUGCGACCGCCACAAGGAGAUGCUGGAUGAUGCAACAUAUGAGCUGGAGGAGUGCGGCGAGGAGUCGGACCUGCUGUGCGACAUCCCCAUGAAGGCUGCCUUCGCUCUGUCCACCCCACUCAAACACCUGGGCCUCACCAAGAUGAACAUCAACUCCAGACGUUUCUCACUGUGUUAAAACCUCCACCUUUGUUCAUGUUGCGGAAGAUGUUCCCAUCGCCUCCCCUGUGUGUUUGUGUUGGUAUAUUAUUAGGCAUAUAUCCUCCUCAGGAGGUGUUUUGGUGAUAGAGCAAAGAGUGAUUGACAGUUAUUAGUGCCCUGGGUGGAAAUGAAAAUGACUCCUUUGAUGUGCACCUUGGCUUGACAGGCAUGAGAAAGCCUCAGUGUGCCGACCUGUAGAGGCACACACCCAUAAUACCAACACACCCUCCUGCUGGAUGGAGCCAGGGCUGCUCUACUGUUGACUGCUCUUUGCACAGUGCAAUGUUCAUCAGAGUAGAUGAAGAAUAAGAGCUAAACUGGAACAUAAAAGGCAGAUAUGGGCAUUAUGUUCAUCAUCUUUGACCCAGUGAUUUAGUAUCAUAAAAACGAAGGGGAAAUCAGCCACAGGGAGAAUAGUGCUGAUUUGGUGUAAAAUUGUCAUAGAAAUAAGAAAACUUCAGAAUAGAAGUUUUGGGGAGUUUCAAGGUCACAGUAGGGAGCUUUUCAGACAGAUAGACAGGUCAGGUUACUUUACAUCAGUGGUUCCUAAUCAGGGGCUCGCAAGAUAAGUCUGAGAGGUUGUGAGACCUCUAGUUGAACUGGUUACAUCCAGUGACGAGGGCUAGCAAUUAGACGUUGCUUUAUUUUAUUUACCUUACUAGUAAAUGUUUUUGAGGAGUUGACUGAAAUAAAAAAAAGUAUGAAGGUGGCAUGUCUGAUCUGGUAAAGUGUGGUUGGAUAAAGAAAAUGUUAAGCAGCACUUACAAGUAUACUAGAGUCCUUUAAUACGGCAACUCAUUCCAGCUGUGGAAGCCUUCAUUGGGACACUGUCUCGACCAGAAUCCUCAGAGGAAGUGGGAGGUCACACGGCAGCAUUUUUACACCUCUUCUUCACAAACCAAAAAUAUCUCCAUAGCCUCAUCACUGUGGUGACAGCACCCAGGAGGCUAUGCCUAAUGCAUUUUGUUUUCCAUUACCAUGUCAAGAUGCUGUGGAGCAUGGAAUGGAAACUAAAUAUGGCUGGACAGUGACCAAGUGUAUUCUGACGCUCAGUGGGCAAGUUAAAUUGUUUAUUGUAUAGCUUAAUAUUAUUAGUAACAGCAAGUAGGAAGAAUCAAAUAUUUUUGUUAAGUGAUAUUUGACAUUGGUUGUAACUGUGUUAAAUGUAAAAUGUCUUUCUAUGCAGAUUGUUACUGAAAUAUAAAUGUAUCUGACAAAUUAGUAUAAAAGCAAAAUGCCUUAAACUGUAAAUGGAUAUUUUCUGUUGCACAUAAAACACAACAUUAAAGAGACUUUACCAUA